AUGUCUAAGGACUCAAUGGAAGAGUCAGGCACAUACCCAUUAAAUGCGAGACAAGAGCAUUAUUUAAAACGAGAGUUAUUAAAAUUUCAGCUUGAACAUGAAUUUCAACAACUGAAUGAAAAAGAAGCCCUACGGACGUUUGGUUAUCCAUUUUCAUCUACUGAUCCUAAAGAAUUGAACAAAAAUGCAUCUAAAUUUACCAAAACCCAAAAAGAUGAUAGAUCGGGAAAUUUAGAGACUUCGACAGUUACUGAUUUUCCAAUGUUAAGCUAUUUAUUAAGAGAAUUUAUUAUGACAUUUCCUUUAUUUGCUAAAAAUGUAUCUAUUGAUGAAGCCUUUUGGCAAACAAAAGUUCAAGUAUUUUUUGAACAUUUCACAGAUCUAGGUUUCAGCGAUAGUUUUGAUCUAGAGCAUGAUACUAAAAGGAAGAAAUUAGGCCAGAAGUUUACAAAAUUAAUACUAUUAUUAUUUAAUUCUGGACUUGGUACUAAGAAUGAAGUAACAUACUAUGAAGUAGAUAAAAAAUUCAGCUUGAAUAAAGAUACUAGAAAACGAUCAAAGAUUGAAGAAUUUACAAUACCGACAAGAGAAGGGAUAAGGGACUUGAUUACGAAUGAACCCGUUUAUAUCAAUAGCUGGGAUGUUAAUGUAGUUGCUAUCAUACAUGAUUCGACGUUACAAAAAAUCACACCUUUGGUAAAUGCAUCUACGUUACCAUCAAGUUCGACAAGUUCACUCUACUCUGUGAAUCCAUUGAAGUCAACUUCCCGUUGGGUGAAGGAUACUUUUGCAGUUCAAUCGUCUACUACAUCUUUAUUCUCUAAACUUUCAUUAAAUGGAAGUACAAACAAUACGACUGUAACAUCUUCCUCUGUAUCUGUUAAGGAUACUAUAAUAGCCCAGAAGAAAUCAGGUAAGAAGCAUUUCAUACUUAAAAUAAAAAGACCUGAAACCUCAGAGGCUGUGUAUGUGGUUAAACCAUAUACUAGUUUUAAGAACUUGGCGGCAGAUCUAGUGAUCCAAUUUCCCGGUAAGAAAUUACCACGUAUACCUCAUAAAAUUAAGAAAAGAUCUCAAUUGCAUAAAGUGAGAAGUACAACUAGCAUUAGCUCCAAGAAAAGUAUUUCAUCAAACGCCAAAAACGAAUCUUCUAUCCAAAUUACACCAUCAAUUGAUGAGUCAUUUGCCGACGAAGAUGAAUUGCUAGAUCAAGAUAAAGAAGGUAAUGCUAUUGAGGAUGAUGAUGAGGAUUUUGGAGACAUUGAAUUUGGCUAUGAUGACUUAAUGGAUGAUAAAUUACGUACAUCGUUGAGACAGUACAUUAGAUCUUUAUGUGAUGAUGAGGAAAUUUCAUUGUCAUCACCAUUGAUUAAAUUUUUUGAUUCAGAUAAGAUAGCUAAAGUAGAUGACCUCCGAGACUCUGAAAUUAGAAUAGAUAUGAAGAGAAGAGAAAAUAUAGAUAUUUCAAAUCUAGAAACUCAAUUAGAUUUUCAAAAAUUGGCUCUUGAACGAUCCCUUAUUCUUCAGGACUCGAUGAAGGAAUUUAAGAACAAUUUGUUAAAGGAUGAUGACUAUUUACUUGGUUUAGCACAUGAAAUUAAAGAAAAGACAAGUAUUAAAGAUUUAUCUCCGAUAUUUCAAGAUUUCAUUGAAUGGUUUAAGAUAUAUUUUGCAUCUUUAAUCUUUCAAACGUUUAUCGGUCAUGAUAAUAGUUAUGGUUUUUACACUCAAAUAAGACGUUUACAUAAGUUAAUGCCGUAUACUAUGAUGGAACAAAUAGUAAGAUUUACUAACCCGAUGGCUAUGAUGAAGGGACUUAUUGAUUUAUUUAUGGCUCAACCACCUCAGUUACUAGGAGGAGGCCAAUCUCUGUUACAGACAAUGUUUUCAACUAUUCUAACAGAUGACUUGCGUAUAUAUAAAAACCGUGUCAAAGAUCAAGAAAAUUUGAUAAUUAAGGAAUCAGAUGAUACCUUAGCAACAAAAACAGUGAUAAAAUGUCUUAGAUCGUUUGUCUUGGACAAAGAAGAUGGUAAGAAACUGUUUACAAUGCAAGAUGUACAUGAGGAGGCUACCACUAUGAACAUGCCUGCAGUUUUAAUAGUACUGAUGAAAUGUGACGAUUUAAAAUUAAUCUCUAAUAGUGCAGUUACUCAAGUGAUUGAAUCCUAUACAACAUGGAAGAUCAACGCAGACAAUGGUUCAAUGGGUAUAUCUGUUGGUAAUAACUCAACUAGUCCACUUGCCAGUAAAGAAGAUGGAUCUUUGUAUUUCCAAAGAGUGAAAGAGUUGUUUAUCCUAUAUAUUAAGGAGCAUGAUAAACGAUUAAUGAGACAAUUAUGGCAGGAUUCAGAAUUAUUAGCUCUUUUAAAAGCUAUUGUGACAUUAGUAUAUGAACCAAUGGUUCGUUUAUUUAAAGUAGCAAAGAUGGAUGUUGCUCUAAGAAAUUUUGAAAAGUUUAUGACUGAUUUGAUUAAAUUACUUGAUAUGAUUAUUGAUGGUCGUGCAGGAGCCUCUACCCAAUUCAAUGUAAUUGACAGUAUUUAUAAUUUAAUUACGAAACAUCAGGAUUCAUUUUUUGAAUUUUUACAUGAUAUUUAUAUUAAUGAUACUGAACAAAUUUUUGAAGGAUUUAUUCUUUGGUUCGGUAAAAUUAUUAAAUUUUUACAAACAAGUAAAUAUGGAUCUGAAAAACAACGUACAGAUCUCAAUGCAUUACUAUUAGAGGCACAAGAUGAUCUUGGAGUUGAUAUUGACAUUGACUUAUUAAAGAAACAAAUUGAUGAAGUAAUUGCUAAGAAGUCUAGUGCACGUAAAGUUUAUAAAGAGAUUGUUGAUUUACGUACUCAAAAUGAUUCCAGCAAUUUGAAAGGGAACCAAAAGGGGGUGUCGAUAGAGACAAACAUGAAGAAGAAAUGGUCGGAAAUUAAUGGAAAUAUUAUGCCAGAAAGUACCAUGAAUGCAGGGUUAGGAGAUGGUGAUUUAGUUGAUUUAGAUAUAGAUACUAAAGAUUUAGAUUCCGAGGGAUUGGAUUGUUUGAAGGAUGCAGAUGGUACAGAUUUAGAGGCCAAAUACCAUGCAAUUCUUGAGCAAGAGAUAGAUGAAAGUGAAAUACAUAAAUUUACAGACAAGUACACCAGAGACAUUCUAAAGUGUACGCUUGGUAAUAUUUAG